GCGGAAGUACUUCAGCAUUAUCGUCGUCGGAGAUUUUCGCCCAACCUCCCUCCAUGAAAGACGUCCAUUCAAUUUUUUAAAGAAACCAUUGAAAUUCACCGGGUUUUCAGCUUCUUGUGAAAUAUUUCGGUAUGAUUGAACCUAUGAAGAGACCGGCGGACAUGGCGGUGGUCCCUGCCUCCGCGAAGCGGCCACGGACAGAGCUGGUGGCGGCGGCACAGUCCCAGCAACUCGUGGCCAUGGGCCCACCACGCAGCUCCAGCCUGCAGGCUCCCAUCAUGCUGAUGUCUGGCCACGAAGGAGAGGUCUACUGCUGCAAGUUUCACCCUAACGGAGCCACGCUGGCCUCCUCCGGAUUUGACAGGCUCAUAUUGCUGUGGAAUGUGUAUGGCGAUUGUGAUAAUUAUGCUACCCUGAAGGGUCACAGUGGAGCAGUGAUGGAGCUGCACUACAACACAGACGGCAGCAUGCUGUUCUCAGCGAGCACAGACAAGACUGUAGGUGUAUGGGACAGUGAAACAGGUGAGAGGAUCAAGCGUCUGAAGGGCCACACCUCUUUCGUUAACACCUGCUACCCUGCUCGCCGUGGACCUCAGCUCGUCUGUACUGGCAGUGAUGACGGGACUGUCAAGCUGUGGGACAUUCGUAAGAAAGGGGCAAUCCACACUUUCCAGAACACCUACCAGGUGUUGGCCGUCACCUUCAAUGACACCAGUGACCAGAUCCUGUCAGGAGGCAUCGACAAUGAUAUCAAGGUGUGGGACUUGAGACAGAACAAGCUGAUCUACAACAUGCACGGUCACGGAGACUCAGUCACUGGACUCAGCCUGAGCUCUGAGGGGUCGUACCUCCUUUCCAACUCUAUGGACAACACGGUGCGUAUUUGGGAUGUUCGACCGUUUGCACCCAAGGAGAGGUGUGUGAAGAUUUUCCAGGGCAAUGUCCACAACUUUGAAAAGAAUUUGCUACGGUGCUCCUGGUCGACUGAUGGAAGUAAGAUAGCUGCAGGCUCAGCUGACAGGUUUGUGUACAUCUGGGACACCACAUCACGUAGGAUCCUGUACAAGCUACCGGGCCAUGCUGGUUCUGUCAACGAAGUGGCCUUUCACCCAGAGGAGCCCAUUGUGCUGUCUGGCUCCAGUGAUAAACGGCUCUACAUGGGAGAGAUUCAGUAGUGUGAGGGUAAACUCGGAUGAGUGUGUUUGCGUGCGUGUAUGUGCGUGUGUGUUCUGCCUCAGAAGUGGCUGGGUGUUGUACGACAGUGGGUUAGGAGUCUGUAAUUUCAUGUGCUUCAGCUUGUCACUAAACAACCUCAGGACGUAUGUUUGAAGUUUAUUACUCUCGGUCACAACAACCUCCACUAUGACUCGAUUUUUAUUACGAUUUGUUUCUUUUUAAUAAACUUCAGUAUUCUGAAAAAUA